AUGUCAAUCUCACGGCACAGCUCUACUGCCAAAUAUACGCGGCUUGACGAGCAUCAGCACCAUGACGACGAGGACGAUGAGAGCAUCCACAGCGACGGCACCGUGGACGAGCUCAUCCAGUCCGAUGAUCCUGAACACCCGGCAAAUUUGAUUCCUGAGCUUUGCAGAGGGUUCUACACGCUCGGCUGGGUAACGGGCACUGGAGGCGGCAUCUCGCUCAAGAGCGGUAACUUGGUCUACCUCGCUCCAUCUGGUGUUCAGAAAGAACGAAUCCUCCCCGAGCAUAUCUUCGUACUGCCUUACCCUCAGCCCGCGGUUGUCAAAGCGCAUACGGAGCGGACGUUCCUACGCAAGCCAAAGCAGGAGGGGCUAAAGGAGAGCGCAUGCACCCCGCUCUUUUGGAACGCAUAUGAGCUCAGAAACGCUGGCGCUUGCAUCCAUACGCAUAGUCAGCAUGCGGUCAUGGCAACGUUGCUCUGGAAGGGUGAGGUAUUCGAGAUCAGUCACCAGGAAAUGAUCAAGGGUAUUCGGAUUGGAGGGACAGGCAAGACACUGUCGUAUCUGGACACCUUGGUUGUGCCCAUCAUUGAGAACACCCCACACGAGGAGGAUCUAACAGAGAGCAUGAGCGAGAUGAUGCAGAAAUACCCUGAUGCUGCUGGAAUCCUGGUGCGAAGGCAUGGGUUGUAUGUGUGGGGCCCAACCUGGCAGAGCGCGAAGACUCAAGCCGAGUGCUUGGACUACCUCUUCGAGAUCGGUGUGAAGAUCAAGCUCAUGGGUCUGCCAGUCUGCCCUGCGAAGGAAGGCGGUUUGUAG